UUUCGCUUGACAAAUUACCUGGUUAAUGUUAGCUUAAGGUUUGACCGGAACCAGUGUGCUUAUUGUGAAUGGGUUUGUUCUACCGGGCACGGAGCUAACGGUGCUGCAUUUUAAGACACAAUGAUAACUCAUAGAAAAUGUAUGUGGUUAGAGUAGCAGAAUGUGAGAGCAGCGGCUCUUGGUGAACGUUAUGGGUCUGAAGAGCAACCGAGUAAGUAAGCCGUCUUUGCACUCAUUCACCGGGAGUUCCGUCCUAGUCUUCAACCAGGCGACGACGCUCUGUGCGACUUCCAUCCACCGAACAAACGGCAGUCAACACCUUCUGGGGUGUUAGAGCAGACAUGAUUCGUAACUGGAGUGCGUGGGCUCUUCUGCCUCCCAUCUACUCUGUGUUCACGGCAGCUGGACUGUGGCUGGUAUACUUUGUGGCCAUCAUGAAUGGACAGAUGGCGCACCUGGGCACACAGCACAGGAGAAGAAAUGGAUCCCUUUAUCCUCCAUACAUCAGUAUUGCAGGCAACUUCCCACCGGCCAGCUGCAUCUUCAGUGAGGUCAUGAACCUGGCUGCGUUUGUGGGUUUCUUUAUUGCUCUACUCAGAUACCUCCAGCUGAAACGCACCUCAGUCAAGCCAUGGUUGAAUUUUGUCUCUCUAGCGGCUUUUACUGUUGGCUGCUUUGGAAUGACACUCAUAGGAAACUUCCAGGUCUUAAAUGAGCUGGAGAUUCACAACGUGGGCACACUCAUGACGUUUGGACUGGGAAUACUGUUCUGCUGGAUACAGUCCUACAUCACCAUGAGUGUUAACCUAAGAGGCGAGGGGAGGAGGAUCGCUAUCCUCCGCUACCUGUUGUCAGGAACUGUCACUGUCUCCUUGAUAGUCUAUCAGGCGUUGAUGAUGCUGGGCCACCACGUGAAUGCCGCUCAGGGCCAGUGGGCGCUGGUCAUGUUCUUCCUCAUGUUCCUCGGCACGUUUGCCGUCGAGUUUCGUCACAGCAGCUUCGACAUUGUGUGCACAGAGAUCUCUGGCCGGUCUGAAACCUACACUGACGUGUUCGAGAGUGAACUGGACCAGCAGUGAUGACGCAUGUGUCGAUCACUUUCACACGCCUGAGGUGUUAGAAACAGCUGUUUUACUCCAGUUUUAAUGUAACGGACACGUGAGCAUCACUUCUGACACACGUGCAAAAUUGAAUAUCUUUUUUUAAAAAUUGUUUUACCGGGAUGAUUACCUGGGAAUACACUUAAAUCAAAACACUAUUAGCUUUUGGAGUGGGGCAUGAAUAUGUGUACCCGUGGAUGGUGUGAGGCAUGUUUGCAAAGUAAACAAUCAGUUUCAAUAAAAAUCAUUCAUGUGCA